AUGUCAAAGCGUCAAGCUGAUCAUUCCGAUAUUAGAGAGCAAAACAAGUCUGCUGCUUUUGGCAAUGGCUCCAACAGACGUGCUCCCGAAGAAAAGAACGAAAUGGGCGAUUUUGAGGAUGCUUGGGAGGAUGAAAUGGAGGAAGAAGAGAUUGUAGAAAACAACGACAUGGAGGACGAAGGAGAAGAUGGCAUGGAUGUUGAUGAAAAGGAGGAGGAGGAAGAGAAGGAGGAGGAUCUAAAGCUGUAUUUGCCUGGUCAACCUUUGGCCGAGGGUGAGGUUUUGGAAGCUGAUCAAUCCGUAUAUGUUAUGCUCCACAAUCUGGAUGUGCGUCUUCCUUUCUUGAGUUUUGAUAUCUUGGAAGACAAGCUGGGUGAGGAAAGAAAGAAUUAUCCUGCUACUGCCUAUGUUGCUGCUGGUACUUCUCUUCCCGGCGAUAGAAACAACGAAGUCUUGGUCAUGAAGAUGUCCUCAUUACACAAAACCCAACAAGAUGAUUCUGACGACGAAGAUGACCCAGAUGCUUUAGAUGAAGAUCCAGUCCUCGAAUACAGAUCUCUCCCUCACAACGGCUGCGUCAACCGUUUAAGAGUGAUGCCCCAACAACAAGAAAGGAGCAUUGCUGCCACCUGGGCAGAAACUGGUAAGGUUCAUGUUUGGGAUUUGACCGCACCUAUGGCCAGUUUGGAAGUUCCCGGUACUCCUUCACAUACACAACAAAAGCCUUUAUUCACCAUCAAUAACCAUGGACGUGAGGAGGGUUAUGCUAUGGAUUGGUCCAGUCUUGAGGCAGGUCGUUUGUUGACGGGUGACAACAAUGGUCGCAUUUAUCACUCUACUAUCAGCCCUUCUGGUGUCAACACAGACAAUGUCGCAUUCAGAGAACACAAAUCAUCCGUCGAAGAUCUUCAAUGGUCUCCCACUGAACGCAACGUGUUUGCCUCUUGUUCAGCUGAUCAAACUGUCAAAAUUUGGGACACUCGCAACAAGAAGCGCUCUGCUGUUGGCAUUCAUGCAUCAAAUUCCGAUGUCAAUGUGAUUACAUGGAACAAAAAGGCUUCUUAUUUAUUGGCAAGUGGUCAUGAUGAUGGUGUGUUCAGUGUUUGGGAUCUGCGUACCUUCAAGGGCGGUGCCUCUCAGCCUACACCUGUUGCUACAUUCAAGUGGCACAAUGGCCCCAUCACAUCUAUCGAAUGGCAUCCUACUGAAGAGUCUGUCUUGGCUGUCUCGGGCGCUGAUAACCAAUUGACACUCUGGGACUUGUCCGUUGAACCUGAUACUGAACAAGAGGGUCGCUUGACAAACGAAGGUGUUGAAGUGCCUCCUCAAUUAUUAUUUGUUCAUCAAGGUCAAGAAGACAUCAAGGAAUUACACUUCCAUAGACAAAUACCUGGCUGUAUCAUUAGUACAGCAAGUACUGGUUUGAACAUUUUCAAGACUAUUAGCAUUUAG